AGAUUUUUCUAUGCUAUUUUCAUAUCAAAAGAACUGAGUGAAAAUUCAGUCUUUUAAGGUGAGAAAAUGUUUUCUCUUGGAAGAGAUAAGGCAGAACCAGAAUAGGAGCGAACGUGGGGGAAAGGGAGGAGGCUUGAAUAAUAUGGUUUCAAACGUUAUCCUACCAAUCAUAAAUUACAACAAAAGAUGGCAGAGUAUAAAGAACCACUGCCUAAAAUUGAUGAAGAUAUUUUAACAGAUAAUCACGAGGAACUUGUCAGACAGAUAACACCAAAAGAUAUAUACAACUCUUUAUUUCAAAGACGAGUGAUAGAUCUAGAUGAACUGAAUAAAAUUAAACAAGAGGAGAGACAACAUGGUCGUCGUGCUGGGGUGGAAGAACUUUUGGAAAGAAUACACCGCAGUGGUCCCAAAGGUUUAGAGAGGUUUAUUGACAGUUUAAAAUCCUCGGGCUAUAGGAGUUUAGCACAAAAACUGCAGGAAUCGCGUCAGACAAAAACAGAACCAGUACCAGAAACAGACAAAAGUACUGCUAAAAUACUGCAGGAAUCCUGUGAGACAAGAACAAACAGAACAAAUCAAGAAAAACCAAGCGAACCUAGAGUUGAAGAGAAUGACAAUAGAUUUGAAAAGAAUGAUGUAAAACCAAACAAGCAUGGGGAAAUAUUGAGGAACAAUUACAAUAGUAUUAUGGAUACUAUACGAGUUGACGAUAUCAUAGAUCAUCUCUAUACUGAAAGAGUAAUAGAAUGGAAUGACAUGGACGUGAUAAGAACGAAAUUAAAAUCGGAAGGAAAUCGAGAAGCUCUGAGAUACUUAAUGGACAUCAUCAUUAAAUUCAGUCACACGGCAUUGCCAACAUUUAUAGAUUGUUUAAAACAUAACGGAUAUGGUUACAUAGCAAAACUUUUACAGGACGAAUUGAAGUCUUGUCAAUCAGAGUGACACCCCGAAUACAGGUUUUGACAUUGUCUUAUAAACCCGUAUUAAACU